AGUUAAUUGUGAUAUUUGGAUAUUAUUUACCGAAAUUGAUCAUGAGUUUGAACAAUUGGAUGAGCCAACUUGACGAAUCCUUAAAAAAUAUACCGGUAAUUAAUCUAGCUAUUCCAGGAUCCCAUGAUUCCAUGAGCUAUACCAUUAAACCAACAUCAGAUAUAGCACCUGACAAUGAGCAAAUUGUUCUAUUAUUGGCCAGAGUAUUUGGAAGCCCUAGUCGAAGAGUGAUUCACAGGUGGUGUGCGACACAAGAAUUGACUCUGUUACAACAGUUAAACCUCGGCAUCAGAUAUCUGGAUUUGAGAAUAUCCACAAAAGAGGGUGAUACAAAAUUGUAUGCUGUCCACGGUCUGUACGGUGAUGAAAUAUACCCUCAUCUCCAAACAUUAAACAAUUUCCUAGAAGAGUUCCCUGAAGAAAUAAUAAUACUGGAUUUUCAACAUUUCUACAAUUUUAGUGAUGAGACUCACGAAUUGUUGAUAUCAAUGAUUAAAAAUACUUUUGGAGGCAAGUUGUGCCCUCUGCCAUGGGACAUAAUGACAGUGACACUGACGUGGAUGUUGGAUCAUGGAUACAGAGUUAUUGCUAUCUAUCGAGACGAUUUGGUGGAGAAACAUGCGGAGUUGUGGCCUGGAGUGAGAUGGCCUACGCCGUGGCCCCAGACUACCAAUUCUGACGCCCUACUAAAAUUCCUCAACAAGACAAUGGCACAUCGCCCUAAGAACGCCGGUUUUGUCACCCAAUGUCUUCUCACACCCGAUACCAAGUUUGUAAUCCAUCAUCCGUGCGGAGAGUUGAGAUCUAAAUGCUCCAAGCCUUGUUUGCAAGCAGUAAUUCCGUGGCUCAAACAGCAACGUCCAGGCCUACGAGGAAUCAACGUUGUCAUUAUAGACUUUGUCGAAAUGGGCGGUGACCUCUUCAGCAAGAUCGUCAUUGGGUUGAAUGAUCUCCUAUUGAAACCUUAGUUAAUAAUUAGUUUGUGUAGCUCUACUCAGUCUAUACUAAAAGGCAAGUGAGAAUGCUUUAAGCACUGUGUCUGUGAUUGUAGUGGUACAUAAAUGCUUUGAAUGAAAAAGGCUAUGUUUAGAAUGGUACAAGGCACUAACUGUAAGAAACCAAGAUAAUUAAAACUCUUGAACAAUGGCUUUUUUUAACCUUAAAGAAAAAUAACUGUGAGCAAAAAAAAUACUUAAAUUUGUUAAUCAUAAUAUCACUUCACAAGAGUAUACCGUGGUAAAAAUGAAUUAGACAUAACUAAAUAGUUCAGAGUUUAGUGGGAUUUUGAAGUAGGCUUUAUUUAGCUCCUGUAGCUUCUAAACAAGCCAUUACAUUGGCUUUAUUUAUUUAUUUAUUUUAUAUAAAUAAAUAAAAAUAAAAUAAACAUUGGCUUGAGGAUAUUCUGUUUAUAUGUAUCGGAUAUUCCCCUCCAACCCCCCUGGGUUCCCUUUUCCCCUACGUCAGAAAUCCAAAAACUAUUCAAAUCCACAAAUAAAAAUCAGGAAUUAAGAUUUCACAAACAUUUGGUAUUUGAAAAUUGCUAGUUUAAAACCGAAACCACAUUUGUUACGUUAAUCAGGUGAAUUGUGAUUGUACAGAAAAUAUUUUAUGUAACAAAUAUGUACUGCCUUGCUGCAUACUACCUACUCAGUACUACUGUUUUAUAUAGUGCUCACCGCGUCUGUUUGGAUAGUGAAAAUUAAGGACCUGGAUUAAAAAUAUUUUAAUUUUCCAUCAAACCAUCAAAAUUGCUCCUGCGAACCACCAGUUGGUACGACUUACGGCCCUUAUUUUGGAAACCGCUGUAGUUGGUGGUUUGCUUACCCUGUGCUUAACCGCUAUAGAGAAAUGUUAGACCAACAUAAAACAAAAUAUAUAUUCAACAGUACCGUUGGGCUUAAUUGUUAUAACAGGGUUUGGGGUGUUGGAAUUAAACAUUUAAGUUAUUUUGAAAUGAAAUAAAAUUAAAAAUGUAUUUAUUUAACCCUUUCGAUGCUAGAAUAUUUUUAUUGUAAUUUUCCUAAAAAGUACUAGAGUUAUUUAAUUAUUUUGUCCGAAAAGUGCUAGGCUUGCCACAGGGGCAAAGUCUAGUGCGAGAAAAAAAGCGGCAAAAAUAAAAUUUGUAUCUUAAAAGUGCUAAGGAAUGAUAUAUUGUACCUCGAUCGUAUGAGGAAUCGAAAGAAACCAUCGCGUUUUCGAAACUACAACCGAGACAACCGAUAUGUCCAUUUAAACUCACAGGAUCUAAAGACGCACCGGCAUGAUAUAUCGUCGCUUAGCGCUUUUGGAUGAAACGCAAACAACAAUAUAUCGUUGCAUAGCACUGAAAGGGUUAAGAGGAAAAGUUAGGACUUGAAAGUCCUCUCUACCACUUAACCUCUAAAACAUAAAUAAAACUAUUCACUUAUAUCAAUAAAUUUAAAUAAUCUAAAGUACUAUAUUAAAUGAUAAUGAUAUAAAAGAUAAAAUCAAAUAUUCUAUCUUUUAUUUUAUUUCAUCACACCAGUAGUUAAUUCUAGCUUCAAGCAGAGUUUUAGAAAUAUAUACAUUUGAUUUACAUUUAUUCAUAGUUUUAGCAUUUACGUUGUGAACAAAUCACCACAAAUUGUGAUACAUAUUAGUCGUGAAUACAUAAUAAACCUAUUCAUUGCUCUCUAUAAUUUUCUCCUUUUUUACUCUAUGUACUAGAAGUCAAUAAUAAGGAACAAUAAAUCGAUUUUUAUAGGUUAUGUUAGGCACCUACAGCAGGUAUGAGUAUUUUGUGUGUGUGAAGCUACUAGUCCUUUGUUUUAUUGGUUGUUGACAAAGUAUAAUCAUAGACUAACCAACACAAGUAGACUUCUCAUCCCAUUGUAAAUUUUGAAGCACGUUUUUCGUGUCUAGUUCAUGUACGUGACACAAAGGCGCUAGUGUCGAUGAAACUUUGUUUCCAUUAUUUUAGGGUUAAUUUUUGAUUUGUGCUUUACUGUUUGGUUAUAUAACUAGGGGACAAGUUAUUGUUUAUGAUUAGAUCGUAUUAUUUGGUUAAACGAGGUUUUAAAUGGCUGUAAUAACGGGAAACAAAUUGUAAACAAAACACGACCUCUACAUAAACCGUACAUGAACUAACAAUAAAAUUGUCUUCAGCUGUUCCAUAAGGAUGAGAAAUCUACUAAGGGAGUAUGUUUUAUCCAUGGUAUAAUCAUGAUGGAAUCAGAUAUAUGACUGAUGUAUCCAAAAAUCAAUGUAUAACAAGCACUCUCUUACGUCAUGUUACUUACUAGUACAAUAGUCAUAUCAUGUUAUUUUGAGAAUAAAAACGUUUUAAAAGAUUUCAACAACAAAUAGGCUUAAUAAAUUAUGUUGUUACUUGUUUUAGACUAUCUUGUCUCAAAGAGUAUUGAUUUCUUAGUACAGUAGCAACAAAGUGGUUCCUAAGGUUAAAAUGUCAUUCUGCUUUAGUUGGUUGUAGCCUAUAUUGUGUUGUUGUUUGUGGUCUUAUGCACAACAUUAA